CGCACCUGAUGAUCCGUCUCAUCUCUUCUCCUCAAAAUACGUAAAGAACUCUGUGGAUGCCCAUCUCCUUUGUCCGAGCGACCUUAUCCCCCAAAAGCUCAACUUUUGCCUGCCACUUGGUCCAUCAGUCUGGGCUUAUAAGAGGAAAUUCAUCUUGCCCGGCAGCCACAACUGGGCGACCAGAUAGUUCGCCUUCACAGAAAAGCCUCCUCCCAAUUCUAGACAUAUCUCGGCCAACAUGCGCGCCUCGAACAGUCUGUCACUGCUGCUGGCCGCGGCCGGCACCCGGGUUGCUGCUCAAACCGACUCGUCCUCCAGCGCGGCUCCCAGCAGCACCGUCACACCCGGAGGGCCUGUCACGGGCGAGCUCGGCGAUGCCCCAGUAGUGAUCGAUAACCCCCAGGGCGUCGUUUACAAGGCGACUCUACCCGAGUCAGCCUUCUUCAAGCCUGCGUUCCCAGAGGGAGGCAACAUCCAGGGCGAGGUCACGGCCGUCGCCAGCGCAGACGGCAGGGGCGUGCAAUUCACCUUGAAGCUCAGCAACCUGCCCAAGUUUGACGAGCCUCUCCCUUACCACAUCCACGUCGACCCGGUGCCGUCGGACGGCAACUGCACGAAGACGCUCGCGCACCUGGACCCCUUCAUCCGCGGCGAGACGCCGGUCUGUGACGCGUCGGCGCCGGCGACGUGCCAGGUCGGCGACCUGAGCGGCAAGUACGGGGCCAUCCCGACGACCGCGGAGGGGGGGGUUUUCGAGGCGUCGUACGUCGACCUGUACGCCUCGACCGUCGAGGGCAUCGGCGCCUUCUUCGGCAACCGCAGCAUCGUGUUCCACUACCCCAACAAGACGCGCAUCACCUGCGCCAGCUUCGAGAGGGUGGAGGAGGGCGGCGGCGGCUACGGUGGCAGCAGCAGCGUCUCGCUGCCCGUGGGGGCGCCGAGCUCCACUGCCGUCGCCGGCCCCACGUACGGCAGCAACGCAACCGUCACCGUGUCCCCGACCGGCGGUCUCUUGCCCCCGACGACUACCUCCUCCGGGGCGGGGCCGUCUACCACCUCGGACGUGGCUAUCGGUGCUGCGGCGGGCUUGCGGGCGGGGAUGGCCGGCGCGUUGGUGUUUGGUGGUGCGGCGGCUGUUUUCAUGCUCUGAUUUUGGCAAGGAGAAGUGACAAAGGAAGACAUGCUUGGUUUUGCAGGUUCGGCGUUUGGCGGGGG